AACGAGGAGCGGCUAAUGCGACUUUUGGUUGUUGUUGAUGGUGAGCCAAGAUGGACAGCGAGCGGGUGAUGUUUUGCCCGUUUUGUGGGGAACAUAUGAGCCGAUUGACGCGGUUUUGUUUUUCGUGUGGUCGGUCUUUAGAGUGUUUAAAUGGCGCAGAUCAGACCGACAGAGUAGAUAUGCUUCAGCAGUGUAUAAGAUAUUUCAAUGAAGGACACUCGUACGCUGUAAUCGUGGAUAUGAUGUCAUGUUUACACGGUUUUCAAAUCAGCUUGAGGUCUCUGAAAAGCAAACUGAAUGAAGCUGGUUUAUAUCGCAGAAAGUAUUACUCCGCUACAAACGCCAUAAUGAGGGCCAUCCAACUGGAACUUCGUGGACCUGGACAGUUAUUUGGCUACCGCACGAUGUGCCAGGUGCUUAAACAAAAGCACAAUCUACGUGUAAAGAGGGAUCAUGUGAUGAAUUUGCUUCGGGAACUGAAUACUCGGGGAUGUGAGAGGAGAUCACGCAGAAGGUUUGUCAGAAGAACUUACCACUCCAUGGGACCAAACUACAUGUGGCAUGCAGAUGGUUAUGACAAGCUUAAGCCAUUCGGGUUGGCUAUUUCAGGCUGUAUCGAUGGAUUUUCCCGUAAAGUAAUGUGGCUUGCAUGUGGACCGACAAAUAAUGACCCAAGUGUGAUCGCUUACUAUUUUCUGUCAUGUGUGCGAAACCUUGGUGUCACUCCCAUGAGACUGAGGACUGACUGUGGCACUGAGAACGGGACCAUGGCUGCAAUUCAGAGCACACUACGCCACUACCACAAUGACUACUUCUCUGGAGCAUCCAGCCACAUGUAUGGCUCAUCCACAAACAACCAGAGGAUUGAGUCCUGGUGGUCCAUCUUCAGAAAGGGAAGGUCUCAGUUCUGGAUGGACCUAUUUGCAGACCUUAGAGAUGCUGGAUACUUCAACGGGAGUCAUGAGCAUCAAUGUCUACUGAGAUAUUCUUUUGGUGAUAUUAUCCAGAAGGACUUGGAUGAGUGUGUGAGACUGUGGAACAGUCACAGGAUCCGCCCCUCAAGAACAGCAUCAUGUCCAGGAGGUGUGCCCAAUGAGCUCUACUACUUACCAUACAGGUUUGGCUCCAGAGACUGUGGAUUUAAAGUUGAACGGGCUGAACUGGAUGCCUUUCCUGAGGCUCGCCUGUUAAGAGCUCCAUGUGGGGACACCAGCAUGCAGGAGUAUUUGGACUUGGCCAUGGAGAACAGUCAUUUACAGAAGCCAGAGUGUUGGCAGUCUGCAACUGAACUGUAUCUAAAACUAAAAGAAACUGCUGAGCUAUGAAAGAAGACAUGUUUAUUGGAAUGGUAGAACAUGUACACAAACGUGUCUGAAUUUGUCACGGCUUCAUUAAUUCAAAGCGGAAAAUAUAUGAAUAAAAAAUAAAGCAAAGUAAUACCCCGUUA